CCAGUGCAGAAGUGAAAACUAGUGAAAACUGAAAACGUAAGCGACCCGUAAACAAAACAGUAACGCCACUACAUAUGCGCGUUAGAUUUAGGACUUAUCAAGACGCAUUAUUUCGGGGAAUACCCUUGAAGACUUGAAGACAAAAACAGCAAAACUAUAUUGUCUCUUAUUUUAUCUGAUUAGUACAGAUAAGAAUAAUACGAAUACGAUAGUGUCUUAUAUACUUACGUAGGAAGGAUCUAAAAUCCGUAUUAAAGUCUGCGAAAUAUAAUUACUUCCAAAUAUUAUAACGUGCUGUAAUGGAUGAGUAUAAGGCCUGGAUUAAAGCAUUAGAGCUGGAUAUUGAAUGUCCAAUAUGUUUGGAUAUACCACAAACAAGCGCAUUGUUGUGCAUAAAUGGACAUCAUGUGUGUCAGUCGUGUCAUAAAGCAAAAAAGUUAGAAAUAUGCCCAACGUGCUUUCAAGACUUCACGGAAGCAAAAAAUUUAUUCUUAGACAAGUUCAUUGGAUCCUUGGAAAUAUUACAGGAAUCGAUCGAAAAGAUAGUCGAGAAGGAGAGGCAGAACGUGCAUAAAAUAUGCCACGAGUAUAUGGAACAGCACAAAAAAGAAAUACUGCAGAAAGCAGUUAGAAGUGUAUGUACACAAACUGAUUUCAAAGAAACACCUACAUAUAGACAAAACAACCAGCCGUCUAAUAACAAAAAAUUGAAAAUUCUUUAUCCGUGCAAUAUUGGAAAAUGCGAACGCAGAUACGAUUAUACUUCUCUAAUAAUUCAUGUAAAAAGAGAACAUAAUAAUAUAUUCAGCGAGACCGCGAUAAACGCCGGGGAAACGUUCUUUAAAAAGUUUGAAUUACCAAAGGAAGAAUUACCAAAAAUAUAUGAUUUUGCCUUUCACAUAAGUAAUAUGGGUUUAUUUUUUUUUAAUAUCACAAUUCAUACCAGCGGAGAGCUGAAAGCAGUUGUGAUAUUAGUAAAUCAGAGUAUACCUAAAAUAUUUUCCUGCGAGUUUGGAGUGUCAUGUCGGAAUGUCUUGCUAAAAAAUCAGGGGAUAGUAAAAUCAUGCGAUCCUAAUAUCAGAAUGAUUUCUAAUCAUGAGUUUCAUUUAAACAAGGACAAGAUGUUUCAUGUCAAAAGAAAUAAGACGUUGGACUGUACAUUGAAGAUAACAGAAAUUCGCCGAAAUCCACCAUCUAACAACCCCAUUCCAAGCCUAUUUUAAUCAUUGAUUUUUUCUUUUUCAGUUUAUUUGAAUUAAUACGUAAUUAAGUUAAUAACCCGACAGUAAGUGUAACACAUGAAUAUUUCUUGACAGCAUUCUGUGUUAUAUUUAUUUAAUAGAAAUGACGGGUAUAAAAUUGAUAAAAUUACCAAAGUAUUAUGUAGUUUUCAUUGAAGUUUAACUUGUGUAUUUUAAAAUAAAAUUUGGAAAUAAUUUGUAGUUUGUCUGGAGAAAUUUGCAUUAUGCGAAUAUUUUACUUCACGCUUGUUUCGUAUAUUUUCUUAUGUAUUCAAAAGUAGAUUUUGCUUUAAGGUGGUGGACAGUAAGGAAAGUGUAAAUACAUAUUUUUCGUACAUCAA